GAGUAAACGGUGGGGGCGUGUCUCUAGGUAACCCCGCGUGUAGUUACGGGAGAAACGCGGGAGUUGGGGCCUAGGCGCUGUUCCAUCCACUGCUAAGGUUGUUUUAGUUCCAGAUCGAGCCGAGAGCCUUUCGAGGCCAAGAACUUGAGCCUGACCCGGUCUCUAGAGCGCCGCGAUGGAAGUAGUGGAGGCCGCCGCUGCUCAGUUGGAGACUCUGAAAUUCGGUGGCACCGGCUUUGGGGUUGCCCCCGGGCAGGCGGUGCAGUCACCGGGCUCCGUUCCUGAACCAGAGCCACCGCAGCCACCACCGUCGGAUGAGGUGCCUCCAGACACUGGGCAGGACGCGGAGGCUCAGCUAGCCAAGGAGCAGCCGCCUGAACUCGCGCUGAGCACUGCCGUUGGCGGGAACCCCGCGCCGCAGUUGGGGUCAGAACCGCUACCUGGAGGGACCUGCGUCACCGGUCCCGGCCCUGCAGAACUGGUGCGGACCACAGACUCCUUGGGGACCUCGGACUCGGAUUCGGACUCGGACAGUGAAACAGAUUCAGAUAGUUCAAGCUCUUCCUCUUCCUCAUCAUCUUCCUCAUCUUCCUCUUCCUCUCGAAUAUCACUUCCUCCAGUGCUGUCCGAUGAAGAUGACAAUUCACAAGUUGACCAGGAAGAUAAUGAUUUUCCUGUUAUUAAAACAAAAGAUGAAUUACUUGUUAAUGAACUACCUUCAGUUGAAGAACUCACUGUUACUCUGCCUGACGAUAUUGAAUUAAAGCCUCUUGGGAUGGUUUCAAGCAUUAUUGAACAAUUAGUAAUAAUCGAGUCUGUGACGAAGCUACCUCCAGUUAAUGAGGAGACUGUGAUUUUUAAAAGUGAUAGGCAGGCAGCAGGAAAGAUAUUUGAGUUAUUUGGACCUGUUGCACACCCAUUUUAUGUAUUACGGUUUAAUUCUUCAGAGCACAUUGAGAGUAAAGGCAUUAAAAUAAAGGAUACUAUGUAUUUUGCUCCAUCAAUGAAAGACUUCACUCAAUAUGUGUUCCCAGAAAAACAGGAAAAGGGAUCAGAUGCAUCAUGGGAGAAUGAUCAGGAACCACCACCAGAGGCCUUAGAUUUCAGUGAUGAUGAAAAGGAAAAAGAAGCCAAAUACAGAAGAAAAAUUCGCAUGCAAGGCCGGAAAAAACUAAGAUCUGUAUUUAAUGAGUCAGGUGGAAAUUUGGCAGAAGUGCAUCAGAAUUGGAAUGUUUCAGAGCAUUCAAAAGGAUACCGCAACAGAGAAUUCACACGAGGAUUUCCCCGGGGCCGAUAUCCCCGACCUUGGCAUGGCAGACCCCCACCUCCACAGUUUUAUAACUCAGAGUGUAUGGUAUCUCAGGAGCCUUCGGGAUUUCCACCUCAGAGACAAGAGAAUUUCAUGCCACACUAUCCCUUUCCUCCUCCGAUGUUUGACAUGCAUAAUUUUUCACUCCCUCCUCCACUACCACCUCCUCCUCCCCCUCCCCCACCUGUGUUUGUAAACAUGGGUUGGGCUGCACCUAACAUGGCACCCCCCAUGCCCUACUCCAUACCCCCGCCGCCUCCCCCCCCACCGCCGCCCCCACCCCCCUCUUCUGGAGACAAUAAUUAUUCUCAUUUUGGACCUUACUAUUAGGUGAAUAAAUGCAUUUCCAGAGAAAUGUAGACUUCUUUAUAUGGGAAAGAUUUUUCUUUUAUAUGGGAAGGAUUUUUUUUUAAAAGAAAGUGAUUAUGGAUCUAGAUUUUUAAAGCAUUGUCAAAAAACUGAAUGCUUCCUUUAGUCGUAAGUUGAUAUAUAUUUAUAACAUUGGUGAAAUUGUAUCCGUAUGAAAAUUUCAUUUUAGAUUUGUAGGGGGGAAUUCCAAUGAUGUAAUAUUUAAUUAAAACUUUGAAUCCGUGCGUUCCACACCCUGCCCAGUUAAACAGUGUGUACAGGUUCAGUCAUAGAUCUGGAGCAACUCUCGUCACGGAUAAAGGAGACUGAGCGUACCCAUUAUCUUGUUGGUAUAUCUGAACAUGUGAUGUUGGAGUCCUCUUGCGAGUCUCUAAAAUAAACUAUUUUUAUAAACUUUGGAAAUUGAUUUUGAUUGUAAUUGCGAAUUGCCAGUGACAUUAAAUGUUGUAAUUAAGAAACAAGUGUACAGAGAAGGAAAGUCUCAUAUAUUGGCAGAAGCUGUGACUGUAAUUAAAGCUUUUCAUUAUC